GAUGAUGUGCCACGGGUCACUUUAUCGACCCACCCUUUGCCUCUUCUCUGGUUCCCCAUAUGGCCACUAGUCUAGUGAGUGAUUUUUCCCGCUUCAGCGUCUCUCUCACUCUCUCUCUCUCUCUCACUCUCUCUCUCUCUCUCGGCUUUAUCCCCCUCUUCUCUUCUCUUCUCCUCUGAUUUUUUUUUUAUAUUCAAAAGCUUCGUUUACUCCGCUUCUAUGGAAUAAGCUUAAAAUCUCUCUCUCACUUCUUCUAAUUCCCUUGAUUGAGCCUUAUUUAUUCUGAGAAGCAAAAGGCAACAUGGCCCUUGGUGGCUUGAUUUCAAACCGGAACUUUGGUUCCUUCAUCGGCUCAGGUAUCUUGCUCCUCUUUCACUUUAUUAGGGUUCCUGGUUGUUUAUCGGAUUAUAUAUAUAUAUUAGUGGAAUCGAUAGGCUUUGAGACCCUAGCAAAAUCUCGCUAGCUAGUUACUCUAUAUACAGAGGCGAUAUCAUUAAUGUGUGCAUUGCUUUGGUUUUUGUUGAAGAAAUUUCUCAGUGAAGAAGAAUUUUAGUAUAACUUUCUUUAAGUCUUGUGCAAACAUUCACAAUUGAUUCUCUCAUCUACCUUUGGUAUCCAAAAUCAUUGGUGUUUUGGAAUCCCAAGUUUUGCUGCAUUUUAUUACUUUGUAGGCAAUGGUUGUCAGAGAUUAGGCAAAACUUGUGCAGUGGUUUCCAACAGAUUUAUGGUAGCAGGACCGUGUGAACAUGAGCAUUGCCAUUCUUCCCAUGUCACAAGAAUAUAACUGGAGCAGUGCAACUGUUGGCUUAAUUCAGUCCUCUUUCUUCUGGGGCUAUUUACUUACUCAGAUUCUGGGAGGUAUUUGGGCAGACAAGUUUGGCGGAAAGGUGGUUUUAGGUUUUGGUGUUGUCUGGUGGUCCUUUGCCACAAUUAUGACUCCUAUCGCUGCGAGACUUGGUCUCCCUUUUUUGCUUGUCGUGCGGGCGUUCAUGGGCAUUGGCGAGGGUGUUGCUAUGCCUGCUAUGAACAACAUGCUUUCUAAAUGGAUCCCUGUCUCAGAGAGAAGCAGAUCGCUUGCACUUGUCUAUAGUGGCAUGUAUCUCGGUUCUGUUAGAGGAUUGGCAUUCUCUCCUCUGCUAAUCCACAAGUUCGGAUGGCGAUCUGUUUUCUAUUCGUUUGGCUCCCUUGGAAGUAUAUGGUUUAUGCUAUGGCUUAAAUAUGAUGACCCGGACCUAAGUGCAGAAGAAAAGAAGGUCAUACUCGGAGGUAGCAAACCACGGGAACCUGUUACUGUUAUUCCAUGGAAGCUAAUACUGUCUGAACCCCCUGUCUGGGCUCUCAUAUUUUCCCACUUCUGCCAUAAUUGGGGAACUUUCAUACUAUUGACAUGGAUGCCUACAUAUUACAAUCAGGUCUUGAAGUUCAACCUCACUGAAUCUGGGCUCCUAUGCGUCUUGCCAUGGCUAACCAUGGCUAUUUUCGCUAAUAUUAGAUGUUGGAUUGCUGAUACUCUAGUGAGCAGAGGUUUAUCAAUUACAAACGUUCGAAAGAUUAUGCAAUCAAUUGGUUUUCUGGGUCCUGCCUUCUUCCUGAGUCAGCUGAGCCAUGUCAAAACUCCAGCAAUGGCGGUUCUCUGCAUGGCAUGCAGUCAGGGCUCGGAUGCAUUCUCUCAGUCGGGUCUCUACUCUAAUCAUCAAGACAUUGGCCCACGAUACGCUGGUAUGCUCUUAGGACUUUCACACACAGCAGGUGUCCUCACUGGUGUCUUUGGCACUGCAGCUACUGCUUACAUCCUCUAACGAGAUAUUUUUUAAAAAUCUAUAUCCACAUUCUUGCCAAUCAUACAGACACAGAUUUGGGCCUAUGAUUAUGAUCUAGGGUGGACGUUGUGUGGAUAUUGUGAUUUCUUUUGUGAUUAUUAUGAUCCGUUGAAUAUCCUGUCUACUAUUAUUAACCAACGACUUGCUUUUUUUUUGUACCAAAAUAUUUAGGCUCAUGGGAUGAUGUGUUCAAAGUAGCAGAGGCACUGUAUCUAAUUGGAACUCUGGUCUGGAACUUGUUCGCUACCGGAGAGAAGAUUCUCGACUAGACCUGACCGCGAACCAAGUUUAUCAAAUUAGCUGCAGUGAAAUCAUAUUGGCACCACUCCCAAUCGGAUUUGCAGUGUUCUUGGUACACUUGGCGACAAUUCCAAUAACCGGAACCGGAACCGGAAUCAACCCAGCUAGAAGCCUUGGAGCCGCAAUUGUCAACAACAAGGACCACACUCAUGGGACGACGACCAUUGGAUAUUCUGGGUUGGACCAUUCAUUGGAGCAGCUCUAGCAGCGCUCUAUCACCAGCUCGUCAUCAGGGCGAUUCCUUUCAAGAGCAAGAGCUGAACAUGAGAUUCCCACAUGUCCAGAUUUGUUCUUCUUUAGUUUCCCUGUAAUUCCUAUGCUUCUUCAUCUAUGUAGUAGCUCUUUUGUUUUUCAUGAAAACGACAACAUUUGGGAUUUGUGAUUACUCUAAUGUGUCUGUUUAAUGUAAAAACUAUGGUUAAUUUUCUUUAAGCUGUUUAAUUA